AUGAUAUGUUUUGAUAGUUUCUCUUGUUAUUUCUUUCUUCAUUCAUGUCAUUUGUCUAUCUUUAUCUAUCGUCCUCCCCUUCACCGUUCAAUACAUUUGACUGUGGAUCUCUUUCUCCUUUCCUUGCCUUCCAGAAUUCUCCCCUUUCUACUUUCUAUGUUGUUGUUUGUUUACAAUUCACAUCUUUUCCUUUUUCUCUUUUCCUCCCCUUCAACAGUUGAACCCUUCCUACUGUUUAUCUCUUUCUACAAUGGCCAUCUUUCCCAUUUUUGUCUCUUUCUACUUUUCUCCCCUUCCACAGUUGAAACCUCUCUAUUGUUUAUCUCUUUGUUGCUUUCUCCUUUCCUCCCCUUCUACUUUUCAACCCUUUCUACUGUUUAUCCCUUUCUCUGUUCCUCUCUCUUUACAAUUCAGUUCUUUCCUCUACUUAUUUCUUUCUCCUUUCCUCUCCUUCUGCAGUUCACUUCAUUCAUCUAUUUAUCUCUUUUGCUGUCCUUCCCCUCUACAGUUCACUCCUUUCUACUGAUUAUCAUCUUCUCUUUUCCUUUCCAUCUACUGUUCACGUCUUUCCUCAGUAGAUCACUUCUCUGUGCUUAUAUCUGUCCUCUCUUUCUCCUGUACUAUUCUUUCAUUCCUCCCAACUGUUUAUCGCUUUCUUUUCGUUUGGUUAUUUUAGUUUAA